AGAUUAGGGGAAAACAAAAGUCUGCACGUUGCAACGAAGAAGAAGAAGAAGAUAUAAAAACCGGUUUUGCCGCAAAUCGCCGCGUUUCGACGAUUCGAGAAGUAGAUUUUUUUUAAUAAUUCGUGUGUACAAUAGUCCUAUUUUUAUCGCCGUUUUCGUGUUGUUGCGUGCGUUUUAUUAUCGUCAUCACCAGAAGAAGAAGAAGACGCGGUUCCAAAAAGAUCUGAAAAUUUCAAUCAGCCAUGGAUUCUUCUUCUCAUUACAAUCCUCCCUACGAUCCAUGGAAUUCUCCGUACUCUCCUCACCUUCAUCCUCCUUCUGCUCCUCUCCUUCCGCCGUUACCUCCUCCUCCUCCUCCUCCUCCUACUCGUCAAUCUCAUCCCGGUAGCCCUAAUUUUUAUGCUCUAUCAACCCAGAGCAAUGGUCAGCGUCAGGAAUACCACCACCAACAAUACUCUCAUCAUCGCCAAGAUCUUCCUCCUAAUCCGGCGCCUUCUUCUUAUUAUUCUCACCAUCCGCCGCCGCCGCUUCAGCAGCAAAAUCAGCCACCACCGUUACAGCAGCACCAACAGCAACAGCAUCCUCAAUACAUUCCUCAGCAAGUUAGCUAUGAGCCUCAAAGGAUAUCGCAGCCGUUGUCAUCCAGUAUCCAGUGUACGGAAUCGCGAGAUAUUGCUCAGACUGAUUGGGCUCGGUUCAAUGAAAAAAGGCAUGAUUCAUGGACAGUGGAUGCUUCUCAAAGUCGAAUCCGAGUGGAUGAUGGUCCAAUAGGCCGUAACUAUCAGUAUGACUAUAGCCGCUCGUCCAGGGAUUCUUCGGGUGUUGGCAGUAAUCGUGCUUUAGAUGGUAGUUCUAGGUCUAAAGAUGAGUUUCGUAAUCUUGGAUAUGUUAGAAAAGAAUCUGGAGCCACAAGGAUAGAGGGUAAUUAUCAAGACCGUGGUCAGUUGAAAUCAGAAUCCGGUAGAUAUUUUAGGGGUUUAGAUGAGGGAAAUAGGGUUUUACCUCCAAGUGUUGGUUAUGGCAGUGAACGACAUGGUGUUAGUGUUACAGUCAGUCGCAAUAUGACUAGGUCAUCCGCAAGCCAUGAGGGGACUAGAAACCAGAGAUGGGAUGAAGCACGUAAUGGAGGGAGGACUCUGUAUCCCCGGAGAAAGGAUGAUUAUUAUCAUUCUGAGAUAGAACAAAAAAUUGACCGUGGAAGAAGAGAGAAGAGCAACGAGUUGAAUCGAACACCCAGGAAACAAACCCAGAAGAAGAGUGCUCUUCUAAGGCUUGAAACUCCAAGAUCCUAUCAAAACAGCAGAGGGAAUGAUUGGUCUCGGCAACAUAAUCAUCAUAACGGGAAAAGGUUUAACUCUAACUCGUAUAGGGGUAAGGAACACUUGGGUCAUUCUGAUCGUGGACUGGUGGAGAAGCAAAGAGGGAGAACUCCAGUGGAUCUUGAUGUUUCAUUUGAAUCGAAUGUUCUGGUAGCUAAGCCCGUAGCAUCACCUGCUAAUGCAGGGAUCCGUUCCGGCACGUCUGUGACACCUAGGUCUAGUAAAGCUAGAAGAGCAUUGCUUUCUGACAAAAAUGAAAAGGCUUUAUUAACUGAAGGAAAUGGAAUGUUGAGAACCCAUUUGUCAUUUGAGGCAUCGGUUUCUGAGGGCUAUAGACAAUCUACUAGGCAAACUACUGCAUCUGAAAUUGAAAAAGAGCCUGGCAAUCACUCAGUUCUGGCUUCCAGUGAUUCCGGAGGUAAGCUAAACAAAGUAAGGUUUGUUGAUGGUGUCGUUCAGGACAGCAAAGUCAAAAUUUCUGAUACAGAUCCUGAAGCUUCAACUCAUGGUAGUGAAGCAAAAAUUCGUAGUAAUGUACAUGCUGCAGAAAAGGCCUCUAGUUAUAUUGAGACUUUUAAAGUAGAGGCCAAGGAUGAUAUUAAUGGGAAACAUGAUAGCAGUAUAGAAGCUUGCUCCACUGUGGCAGAUGUUAUUGAUAACCAAAGUACAAUGAAGUCCCAUGAAGAUGUGUUGGACAGAACGAGCACUGGUUGUAAUGCAGGUGAAGCUCUCAUCUCGAAGGUCAUGGAGAAGGAUGAAAUCAUGAAGACAAAGACAAAAAUCAAUAUGUCUCCUGUUAAAGUACCUGUAUCAUGGCCAACAGCCGUUGAUCUUUCUGGGUGUUCUGAAGGAGAUAUUCAUUUUGCUGGUAAGCCCAUGUGCAGUGUUGGGUCUCAACAUUGUGAAGACGAGGACAUGGACUGUAUACCAUCAAGGAAUUUACCAAUGAUGGAGGUAAAUACUGGGUAUGAAGUAAGAAAACCUAUUAGUUCAUCUGAUGGAUCUUUGGGUUAUCAAGAGAAGGAUUUUCAGAACUCAUCUGUAAAUGCAUCCACCUAUUUUAAUAGAGACGAUCCUGUUGGUCAGGUGUUAGCAAAGUCAGAUGUUGGUGGUAUCGAAGUUGACAACAAGAUGAUCAAUAAAAAUGUAGAUUUCUUGUCUCCUGAAAAUGACUCCUCUAGGGGUCUCAACAUGGGUCUGGUUUCCCCUGCCACUCUGGAUAAUGCUAAUGUUUCAAUUGAUCUUGCUAAUGCCAAUAAUAGUUCUUCAGGGGGCCUCGCUAAUGCUAACAGUUGUACUGUUGGGACGCUUAUCAAUACUGUGGUCGAGUCACCUGAUAUGAGUGUAGAUUCGGAGAUGGAAAGUAAAAAUCCUCGUCACUGCGAAAAGUCAGCUAAUUUAUCAGUUGAGAUUGAGAAUGUUAGCAGAAAAAAAAACAUGGAAACUACGCCUCUUAAUAUUGCUGCAGAAAUGGUUGACUAUAUGGACAGUGAUGAAGGUAAACAGAUGUGUGUAAACGACUCUUCAUCUCUGACAAAGUUUACAGUAAAGGGAUCAUCAAAUGUGUUGCCUGUGGAGAAGACUGAUGGCUGUUCGCAUAGUGAUGAAUCAGAUGUAGCUAUGGCAGUACCAUCUGAGGUGUGUAUGGAAAAUGUAAGUACUGAGAGACUUGUCCGCGUUGAAGAUCUGGUUUCGAAAACUCAUCAUCCUCCAGAAAUUCCUUCUGUAGAUCAGUUUAAUGGUACAGAUAGUCGAGAUUUGAAAGAUUGUUUAUCGGAGCCAAAUGUUUCUCUUAGCAAAGAUCUUACUGAUUGUGCGAGUGAGAGUCUUGUUGAGCGCGGCGUUAGCCAGAGUGCUGCAACAUUUUGUGAUAAAUUACCUAGCUUGUCUGCUUUCAUAACUGAAACAAAUCCUGCAGUUGGAAUGAAUGGUAUGUCUGGUAAUGAAACAGUUGCGGAUACUGAAUCUAGUGUCCAAGAAAUUCAACCAUGUACAACAGUAUGCAAGUUGUUUCCUGAAGAUCGUUUGGAAUGUGGAUCAUCUGGUGCAAUUGGUUCUGUCCGGAAUCUCUCUGCGGAUAAAAAUCUGGAAAAGGAUCCUUCAAAGGUCAGUUCUUGCUUAGUAUCCGAUAGUUCUGUUAGUCCUUGUGAUAUUUCUCCCUUGGUGGUAGUGAAUGAACAUAUACAAAACAAAACAUCUAUUCAAGCUAAUUACAGUGAUUCUCAAGGUGCCAUCAUGCAUAAGGAAAAUGAUUGUGCUGAAAGCAUUGAGGUAGAAGAGAAAGCGAAGCCUUCUGGUGGAACUGGUGGAACUUCUAAGUACAGCACUCCGGGAACUAAUAUUAUUGCUGGUAGUGGGGACUCAGUGCAUUCAUGUGAUUCUUUGUCCAGCUCAUCAAGGCGGAACUUCCGGCAGAUACAGAGUGAAGUUCAUGUGGUUGAUGCAAAUAGCAAAGAUAAAGAGAAACCCAAGCCUUCUGGUGGUACUUCUGAGUACAAAACUUCAGGAACUGAUAUUGUUGCUGUUAGGAGGGAUUCAGUGUUUCCAUGUGAUUCUCUACCCAGCUCGCCAAGGCUGUGCAGAAAGAUACGGAGUGAAAUUCAUGUUGCUUCCAUGGUUCAUGAAACUUCUAACAAAGAUAAAGAGAAACCCAAGCCUUCUGGUGGUACUUCUGAGUACAAAACUUCAGGAACUGAUAUUGUUGCUGUUAGGAGGGAUUCAGUGUUUCCAUGUGAUUCUCUACCCAGCUCGCCAAGGCUGUGCAGAAAGAUACGGAGUGAAAUUCAUGUUGCUUCCAUGGUUCAUGAAACUUCUAAGCACAGAACUCCAGGAACUGAUAUUAUCGCUGGUAGUGGAGAUUCAGUGUUUCCAAGUAAUGAAACUAGCAAAGGUAAAGAGAGUCAAAAAGGAGAUAGCCUUUUAGAUCGUUUACAAGAGCAAAUCAUGACCUCUCAUGAGGUAACCCAGCCAGGUAGUUCUUUGGCGCAUUUUGAUUUAGUUGUGAAGCCAAAUGGUGAUCCAAUAGAGAAGCUGAUUGAUAUAACUUCUAAUGUUGGCUCUCAAGAAAAUGACUCACUGAACAGUGCUAAGACUGGUAUAUGUGAUGGUGAAGCGUUAUUAUCUGAUGGAAAAGUUUCUGGAACUAAAAUUCCUGGUGAUUCAGGUGUACGUGUGUCCAGAUCAUACUCACAUGCGGAUGUGAAAUUUGCAUUGACCCAUGUUAAAGAUCAUGUAGUCUCUGUGCCACAUCGGGAUUUCCAAAGUAUGACAUCUAUGAGUUCUAAGUAUGAAAUAGAAAAGAGGAAAAAGAAAUCCAACUACCCUACUCAAAAAAGUUGUCGCAGUUCACUGCCUUUUGUGUCUGAAGCUAAGAAAAAUGCUAACCCUCCGAUUCAUAUCACGAAGCGUCACACUUGGCAUCGAGAGUCCGAUACUUCUCCUUCUUCUUUUGUAGCUGCCAAGCCUUUGUCGUCGAGUUUGCCUACAAAACAGAUUUUUCCCAAAGUGACUGCCCAAUCUAGUAGUAGUUAUGUACGUAAAGGGAAUAGUCUUCUUCGAAAACCCCCACAUGGUUCUCCUGGUGUUGCCCUUGGAAUGCCUUCAUCUGCUAUCCAGUUGAAUAAUUUCACUGUCGAAGACAAAAGCACAGGAUCUUCCAGUAUGGUUGAUGUUGGUAACAUUUCUUCUCUUGUUAACAAUGGAAAAAUACUUACUCUUGAGAAGCAGUCAAAGCCUCCCUCAGACAGCACCAUUUCCAAAGUAUCAAAUGCCAUUGAUACUUCAGCAGGAAAAUGUGCAUUAUCUUGCAGCAUGGAUCACCUUACCACCGGUUUACCUGAGUCUAUCAUGGAUUCUGCUACAUCCGGAGAAGCUAAUGUUCCACACUCUGGUGGGGAUAUAUUCAAGACAUCUGACACACUAAUUCAGACAGGUUACGCUUCAGAUUGCCAGCAGAAGAGAAAUCCGCCUUACUUGGAUUCUCUAAAUUUGAAACAAAUGGUAUAUGUCAAGAGAAAGGCAAAUCAGUUGGUUGCGGCUUCAGAUAUUCAUGGUGUAAGUAUUAACCAGAUUUCUCCCUCUGAUGGGUACUUUAAGCGAAGUAAAAAUCAGCUAGUAAGAAAUUCAGAGAGCUUUGUCAAUCAGUCACUUUCCUUGCCUGAUGAUGCUUUAGAGACACGAUCAGCUGCAAACAUGGUUUCGGAAAGAUCUUCUAGCUCAGCAUUCUCUGACUCUGCUGGCAUGGGACCAUAUAAGCAAUCAAAGUUUUCUCUGGUUUGGACACAAAAUGAUCAGCAGCCAAGAAAGCCCAUAGCUCACAUGCGAUAUCAGAAGAUUUUGCCACAACUUGUUCCUUGGAAAAGAGUGACAUACUGGAGAAGAUUAAUGAAUUCAGUGUCGGCUUACCGAAAUGGUUCUUUUUCCAACAUUAGCCAAAAGUUAUCAAUGAUGAGGAAGAGACAUACAGUUUACACAAGAUCAACUAAUGGGUAUUCACUUAGAAAAUCCAAGGUAUUAAGUAUUGGUGGGUCGCAUUUAAAAUGGUCCAAGUCCAUCGAGAGAGACUCGAGAAAAGCUAAUGAGGAAGCCACCUUGGCUGUGGCUGCAUUCUCAAAGAAAGAAAGCGAGAAGAAUUCUGAUACUAGGACAACGAGCAGAAACCAUCUGGCACGAGAGCGCGUUUUCAGGUUUGGUUCCCUUCGUUAUAAAAUGGACUCUUCAAGACGAACCCUUCAGAGAAUAUCUGAUGUUGAUUUACCGUGCGCUGGAACUUCUGAAAAAGGAAAGGGUGUGAAAAGACCGUUUAUUCCAAAGAGAUUGGUGAUCGGCAAUGAAGAAUAUGUUCGGUUCGGAAAUGGUAACCAGCUUGUCAGAGAUCCAAAGAAACGAAUUCGUGUGCUGGCAAAUGAGAAAGUCAGAUGGAGCCUGCACAAUGUCAGGUUGCGGUUGGCUAAAAAGAAGAAGUACUGCCAGUUUUUCACAAGAUUUGGGAAAUGCAACAAAGAUGACGGAAAAUGUCCCUAUGUUCAUGACUCCUCAAAAAUUGCAGUUUGCACCAAAUUUUUGAAUGGAUUGUGUGCCAAUGCAAAUUGCAAAUUGACCCACAAGGUCAUUCCAGAAAGGAUGCCUGAUUGCUCUUAUUUUCUGCAAGGCCUAUGCAACAAUGAGGCAUGUCCAUAUAGACAUGUGCAUGUCAACCCGACCGCCGCUAUAUGUGAUGGGUUUUUAAAGGGAUACUGUUCAGAUGGAGACGAGUGCCGGAAGAAGCAUUCCUACAUCUGCCCGGUUUUUGAAGCUACUGGAUCAUGCUCUAAAGGAUCGAAAUGCAAGCUCCACCACCCCAAGUUACAAAGCAAAGAAAGAAAGAGGAAAAGACCAAGCGAACGAUCACAAAAAAAUGCCCGUGGGCGUUACUUUGGUUCACUUCACAAUGUCCUUUCCGAGUCUGAGCCAAUGGUAUUCGAUAGAUGUUCUACUGAUAGUGAAGUUUUCGGAAUGGAAGGCCUCGAUUUUAUAGCUCUUGGCAAUACUGAGUAUGAAGCUUGUGAUAACAGUGAUCCAGCCACCGAGCAAUCUAUCUCUCGUGAUAGUGAUUCACCGAUUUCAAUAUACAAUCUAAUCAGACCAGUAGCUCUGAUGCAGUAAAAAGCAUCAGUUUGUCAGUUUGUUUUGUUGAGUACAAUGAUCAUUAAUGAUCGUGAGACUGGAGGAUCAAGGGGAUUCAGAUUCAUCACAUUUUAAGGAUGAGAAAUCUACUAGAGCUCGAAGGUCGCAGUUUCACUAUGACAAAGCUCAGUCAUGAGGAAGUGGUGAGGGAGGAGGCCGUGGUGGAGGUGGCUAUGGAGGCGGAGGUAGUGGCGGCAGACGCGAAGAAGGAUACAGAAGCGGUGCUGGCAGAAGUUACAGUGGAGGCAGACACGAGAGCGGAGUGAAAGUGGCUGCAGAUGCAAACGAGGAUACAGCGGUGCUGGUUACUUAAGCAAAGGUGGUGACAGAAGUGAGGACGGAGGGACAUGGUGGUGGGCCUGGUGGCAGACGUAAAGGAGGAUACGGCAGCGGUGGUGGAGGAUGGUUGUUCCUUAUUAGUUUUUCAGGAUUUGAAUGUUUUAGUUGUUUUCGUCUGGUUCUGUGUUGUUUUUGGUUUCUGCUUUUGCUGUUUUUGAUGUAACAGGUAUGUAACAGGUAAUGUUAAGUCACUUUUUGUUCUCUAUAAAACCAUCUUGUUCCCUA